AGAUUAUAAAAUGUAUUUAUAAACAAUUAUCUUGAGCAAUUAUAACAAAAUUAGCCCAAUAUAUUAACACAUACACUGAUCAAACAUGUACUUUUGCUUUUAGAUAAACAAAACGGUCAUGUUUGUAUGACAUGACACAACCGGCUUUGUUGCUGUCAGAUACUGAUCUGCCUCGGAGGCUUUCAGACUGUCCAUUGCUCAAUUGCACGAAGCAUGAGCAAAUCUCGCUGUACGUAAUGCUGGGCCACAAUGUCAUGUUAUCCUCCCAGUUCUGCACUGGAUUGGGGUGCGGGAUAGUAACGCCAUCUCAGUCAAAUACGUAGAUCCGUGUUCCCAAACUAGCAUCGACAUCACUGUUUACACCGGCAGACGCUGGGAACAACACCGGCAGAAGUGAAAUGCAUUUCUGUAGAGGAAUGGCGCCCACGAAACGGCUCGUAAACUUGUCUAUAAAACGACUGUUAUAAUUUCUGAAAACAAACAGGAGUUACAAAACUGUAUCCCACGCAUAUGCAGCCCUGCUCGAGGAUUUUUAUUAUUUUGGAUUUGUAUUACAACGAGAUGGUUAGCUUUUCCAGUUACAACUCGAGACAGUUCUGCAUUGAAUAAUGAGGUACGUCAUGUAUUUUGUGUAAUUCUGGCCCGCUGCGGUCACUUCUGUGGGGUAACGUUAACGUUAGCGCUCAAACAUGCACGACAUGACUUCCGUGCCCUUGGUGGUGGCUACGUAGUGCUAAUCAGCCGUGAUCUCUCAAAGGUUUGAGCGCACGGCGCCGCCAACAGGCUAGCUUGAUGGACGUUACCGUUAGCGCUAGAUGGAGCACACUGUUAUUAUGGUGUUUUCCGGCGGGCAGAAGAAAUAGCGGUGACUGUAAAAUAGAUUUCACGACACUAUUAGCAAUGGGUACCGAGUGACGUGUAUUUUGAGCCAGCUAUAAAAAUAGGCUGGACUCUGAGGUUUUGCUAACUGUAAAGAGAACCACAAAGUAGGCUAGCCUGCUUUUGGAAGAUUUGAACACAUUAGUAAAACAAAAAUCUAUUUCAUGACUAACGUUAGCUGCAGCACUGCGUUGGUUACUACACUAAUCAUUAUACUACAACGAUCAGCCUAACGGUAUUUGAUUCAUUCAUAUCGAACAUUAAGCAAGCUUACCUGUAGCUACGCUUGUGCCAAGGGUCCAGAAAUGAGCUUGUCUCGUGCAGUACGUUGGUUUACCACCCGUUGAUCUCCCGGUCAACCAAAAUUCAAUGGAUUUCAAUCAUAUUUCCCGGUCAACUAUAUAUCGAUGCAUUAUCAACUAUGUUUCAACACAUUCGGGGAUUGCACUUCCAAUCGUAAAGAUAACUAGAUCAAUGUUGUUCCAAUAUUAUCAUGAAAACAUCAGGUUUUCAUCGAUAUGGUAAUGGUGAUUCAACGUUUAUUUUGCAUUGAAAUUUCAAUAUCAACCAUAAUGAUGAUUUAGAUGGAAAAACAAUGUUUAUUCAAUGUUGGAUUGCUGUCUGGAUAGUGUCUGUGGAAUCGGCGUACGUCAUAGGGUAAGUGUGUACGUGAGCGUGCAUGUGCGCCUGUGUGCGUCAUACAACUUGAAAGCACGUAUCCAUGACAACCGGAGUGUGCGUCAUACAACUUCAAAGACGUUAGCAUUUAAACGUUCCAUUGUGUGCUAUUCGAAUCACUUCUCAGAGGGCUUCGAACAAGGUGCAUUGGAAAUACUGCAUGGACGUUAAUAACCAGAAUAUUGCAGGAAAAUAAUUAAUUUGAUGCACCGCUGAAGGAUAUAUUAUUAACAAGACUUUGAGAACAUCUGGUCCACUGGAUUUUGCAUUGAGAUAAGAUGGAAAACAUGAAAGAAGACACCGUUUCAACACAAAGCAGUGAACGAGAUAGAAUUGAAUCUGACAUGGCCGAAGCGUUGGUUUCCGACGCUCUAGAUAUGUCCGUUGACGGGAUUUGUGAGCUGAACCAGAAAAUCGCUUUGUGGAAGGCUGGUGAAGCCUCCAGACUGAAUCACAAUUCCAUCCCCACCAUUGAGGACAAUAUUCAGCAAUAUUUGAGGAAUUACUACAAUUCAAGGAUAAUGUUCACGGAGGGGAGUGGAACACAAUCACAAGACGGUCCAUCAUCCCCUGACCGCCCGAGCACGUCAUACGCUGAAGAACCGAAGUAUGAUUCUGACAUUUCAAAGACAAUCGAUGGGUAUUUUGAAAUAGCCGCGAAGAGCUCAGUUGACGAAAAUAGGGCCCAUCCACUCACUACAAUCAGUUCACCAUGUGAUUCUGUUCAAGCCCACAAGGGAAAAUCUGGAGGAAGACCGAAGAGAAUUUUUAAGGCAAUGAAAAAGGCCUUUGGGUUAAAUAGAUAUGAGAAAUGCCAGCACGUGGAGAGUAAAAGCGUCCCUGUGCAUAGAUACUUGAUUCUUUCCCCAAUCUUGUCCAGCGGGUCCGAGCCAGCAAAGUAUGAUGCAGAGAAGUCAGAACAGAGUGACGCACAACGGUCUCAAGAAACAGCAGAACUGGACAACUCUCCUGGAGAACUGGACUCCGACCUUCUUAAAAUGGAGAAGGAAGUCGGGGUCACUCGUCCCAAGACACCGCUACAGGUGAAAACAGAUAAGAAACGACCUCCAUCUUCAACCCAAAGAUUCUUCUUGGUGGAGGAGCAGGUCAAGGUCACUCAGCCCGAGACACCAAUACAAGUGAAAACAGAUAAGAAACCUUCAAUUCUAAAAAGGUUCUGGAGAUUCUUAACAUGUUCAAAUAAGUAAGUACACACCAGUGAGAUUUCACUCACUCACACACACCAGUGAGAUUUCACUCACUCACACACACCAUUGAGA